CGCUAUUUUAUUCUAAUGGAUCGAUAAAAUUUAAACAGUUUCUAAUCAAUAUUUACAAGUGUCAGUUAGUUAUACUUUUUUAUAAUUCUUAUAAAUAAACGUACCUGCAUCUAUCUAUACAUAAGAACAAACGCUUAAAAAAAAUAUUCACAAGCAAAUAGAAGCAUGUACGACAACAAAAACAAUAAUAAUAAUAAUCAAGAAAUAAAUCUAAAUCGAAAAAGACAAAUCUGUGAUGGAACAGAAAAUAGUCAAUAUAAUAAUACGGAUUCAUAUUGUCUUGAUGUUACAAAACCACCAUUACAUACGCAUAAAACAAGUCAACCAGAAAGUAUAAAACGAAGAAGAAUUGAAAAAACGUCAUGUAAACCAUCACCAAUGCCACACAAAUUGAAAAUAAGUAAAAAACGUAUCCAUUCACCUUCAAUUAGAAAAUUUAAACAAGCCUCAAAAAAGAAAAAAUUGGAUCGACCCCUAUUUAAACAACGCCGAAGUGCAUUUAAAAUGAAAACAUGUGAUUUUAUUAGAAAAAGUGACCAAAAACGUAAAAUCAAGAAGUCAUUCUUAAAAAAAUUGAAACCAUUGAAUAAAAGUGGUCAAAAGAAAAGAAAACACUCAAAUACUAUGCAUCGAUCUAUAUCACCCUGUGCUCCGAAACCAAGAAUUUUAUCAAUCUCUAAAUUUAUGCGAUGCCCUCCAAAGCCUAGUAAUGCUCCUGUGAUGAAGAGAAAACGACCCAAGUUUUCAUCACAAUCACCAAAACGACCCAAGUGUUCAUCACAAUCACCAAAACGACCCAAGUGUUCAUCACAAUCACCAAAACGACCCAAGUUUUCAUCACAAUCACCAAAACGACCCAAGUGUUCAUCACAAUCACCAAAACGACCCAAGUGUUCAUCACAAUCACCAAAACGACCCAAGUUUUCAUCACAAUCACCAAAGCGACGCAAGUUUUCAUCAAAAUCACCAAAACGACCCAAGUGUUCAUCACAAUCACCAAAACGACCCAAGUUUUCAUCACAAUCACCAAAGCGACGCAAGUUUUCAUCAAAAUCACCAAAACUACCCAAGUUUUCAUUAUCAUCGCCGUCAUCACGUUCAUCCUGCUCGAUGUCAUCAGUUAAGCAGCGUAAUAAUCAACGAAUGAGUCGAAAAAGGUUGAAAUCCAAAAAAUCACCAUCAUCACCAUUUAAACGCCUAUCACCAAAAAAACCACACAGUCCAGUAUUAUGUAAACGAAGUAAUAAUUCACCAGCAGUCGCAAAACUAUGGUCAUCUCGAUUAAGACCAAGACCAUUGAAAUCUGCACGAUUCACUUGUUAUCGUCCAGUGUGCCUUAAUAGAAUACACGCAAAUCCAUAUGAUAACUAUACGAAUAAACAAACACCGAUAAAACAAACUGUAGUGAAAGAUAAACUAAAAGGAGGUAAGAAAAGUGAAAAAAGUGGUGGGAUGAAGAGUCAUCAUCGUCGGCGAAGAAGCCGCAGUAGUAGCAGUAGAAGAAGUAGUAGUAUUAGUAAUAGUAGUAAGAAUAUGUUUAUAAGCUGUAGUAAUAUAAAUAAUAAUGAGAGCAGUAAUGUUGGACAGAUGAUAAUAGAAAAUGUUGAAAAUGAUACUGAAACCGAUAUCUGGUAUGAUGCUAUGGAAACGAAUAAUUUAAAUGAUACAAAUCAUUCAAAUGUUGAAUGUUCAAUGGAUAAACAAUUAAAACUAGAUAAUACGUUGUCUGGUUACGCUAGUGGUGGGGGCGGCAACAGCAGUAAUAAUAAUGACAAUACGGACAAUGAUAAUAGUAAUAAUAGUAUCUAUGUAAGUCAAUCAGUUGCACAGUUUAUGGAUCAACUGUGAUUAGAAUGUAUAUCGACUAUUGUAUCAACCAAUAAUGUAAACACAAAAUCCAAAGACAGAAAAAAACAAUAACUAAAAUAAGAUAAAAUGUAUGAUAUAGUGCAAGAAAAACAUAAAGAUAUGUAUUCUAAUAUUGUGUAUUCUUAUUCCAUUCAUUGCUUGAAUAGAUGAUGUUGAUUAGGUGAAGUGAAUGCACAGUGAUCCAAUUGAAUCCAAGGGGAAUAUUUCAUCGUAAAGGUGGCUUAUCAAACUUUCUAUUGAUUUGUAGAGAAUUGAUUGGUUACGGGUUUGAUCCUGCUGUAACAUCAGUUAGAGAACCAUUGUAAAACCUGCAGGGAGUACUAGACAGUUGUUUCGUCCUAGUUUGGCACUCAUCAUUAGUGCUCAGUCACUGGUAUCCGAACCCAGCACCUUGUAGUUACAAAGCGAGCUCGUAGACCAUUCAAUCACUGGGACCCAAUCUAGUGGCCCAUGAAGCGCAACCACCAGCCAGUGUCAUCGGCGAGUAACUGUUCUCUCGCAUGACUUGAUGGACCCCGUUGGU